AUGACAAAUAGCCCUAAUAUAGAGCAAGCGGACUCGGAUGAGCAAUAUGAAGAGAUUCCAUUUAACAUUCCUAAGCCAGAAGGAGACUUUGCGGACUGGGCAAUCAAGUACGUGCCGAUGACCGCCGCGGUUGAUGAAAGGUCAAUUAGGUACUUUGGAAGGCGACAAUUAGCCCGGGCCAAUUGGGAGGAGGAGAAUGCACGGCAUGCAUCGGGCGGUGAUAUUCUUGCCGUGCUUAAAAGACUGUGUGUGAACUUUCCUCUGGCCCUGAUCUUUACGGUCUUAUUUUCGGUCUUCUUGAGCUAUGUGCAGACCUUCUCAAUUGCUAGUGAGGGGUACGGGGUGGUGAUUGCAGAGUAUCUGAUUUUAAGUGGGCUGAUUAUCAACUGCUUUAUGUUUAGUAUUAAGCGCAAAACCCUGUUGCCUAAGAUAAUAACUAGAGCUUUGAGUUUAGAGAUAUUGAUUUGUUGUUUGAUAUCGGCUAGUGUUGGGGUUGAUAUAGCCCAUAACUAUUCUUUGCUGACUCUAUUUUCGCUGGUGGUUGGUGGCAACUUCUUGAUCUUUUGUUCCGUUUGGGCGAUUAAGAGUGCGCAGGGUUUGGUGGGCAGUGGCAGCAGUCGGUUUCAGUUACUGCAACGCUACUUUUUGCGUCGGAAUGCUGUGUUCGUGCUUAGUUUUAUGUUAGUGGUGAACAUGAUUCUGAGCUACUUUGUGCACCAACAUCUUUCACCAGCUCACUUCUUUUAUCUUUGGCUGCUAUCUAUGAUAUUGGUGGUCUAUAUGGCAUACUUGUUUGUAUAUGAUUACUCGUGCAUGAUUGUUAUGGAGAAGAAGCGUAUGCGGAUUUUCUUGCUCCAUUGUUUCUGUAUUGGCGUCUGUAUAACUCUGACCUUCCUGACGUACUGGAUUGAGCCAAAAGACACAACCUGGAUUCAAGACCGAAUUAUAACGGCUUCAUUUGUGCUGGCGACUCUUGUAUCUAUUAUUGGGCUGAUAAUCAAAACCAACCAGAAGGAGAUCGCUGAAACCUACCAGAAAAAGAAGAUGGAGUAUGUUGAAAAUCUAGCUGAUAAUCUCAGUGGAACCAUCUUUAAAAUUGCUAUUGGCCUGAUUGUACUGGGUACUAUUAUUAUCAUUGGUUUUGAAAUCUACCAUGCCAUCCAGAACAAGCAAUUUCCCUUAGCAGGUUUCUUUUCUACCUAA